UCAGAGGCCGAGAGAAGCAGCCAGGCUGAGGCCAUCCUGGACAUCCUGGGGGCUUUUGUGGUGACAGGCUUCUCUCUGGUGGACUUUGAGACUCAGACACACAGGUCUUCCAUGGCUCCUUACCACAUCCGCAAAUACCAGGAGAGCGACCGCCCCUGGGUCCUGGGCUUGCUCUCCCAGGGCAUGGAUGAGCAUGUCCCCCGCACCUUCCGCCACCUCCUGAAGCUGCCGAGAACACUUGUGCUCUUGCUUGGGGGGCCCCUCGCCCUGUUUCUGGUCUCUGGUUCCUGGCUCCUGGUCCUUGUGGCCAGCCUCACCCUGCUCAUCGCCCUGAGGUUCCUUGCUCAAUACCCCUGGAGCCAGUUUGUGGCCAACAGUCUGCAUACAGACAUGUCUGACAUCAGCAAAUCCUACCUCAGUGAACCGGGCUCCUGCUUCUGGGUGGCUGAGAGUGAGGGGCAGGUGGUGGCCAUGGUGGGAGCUCUGCCUGCUGAGGAGCCCACGGCGCGGAAGGAGCAGUUGCAGAUGCUCCACUUAAGUGUGGCCUUGGAGCACCGGCGCCGGGGGCUAGCGAAGGCCCUGGUCAGGACUGUCCUCCAGUUUGCAGCACACCAGGGCUACAGAGAAGUUGUCCUCACCACCAGCAUGAUGCAGCAUGCCGCCCUGGCCCUCUACCAGCACUUAGGCUUCCAGACCACCCGCCAGUACUUCUUCACCAAGAGCUGGGCGCUAAUCGCUGUCCCUGAAUUUCAAUUAACCUACUGGCUGCCCUCUGCUCAGGACUCUCAGGCACCAGGGCAGAGAGAGGGCCGAUGAUCUGUUUCCUGAUUAGUCAGGACGGCCCUGCAGCAGUAACAAGCGAGCCCCGAGAUCUCAGCAGUACAAGAAGUUUGUUUGUUAGCAUGGAAACCGCACGGGGAUGGCCAUGGCUCUGCCCCUUUCAGUCUUUUUAUGUUGUCACUGUUGCAUUUAUUUAGUGACACAAGAGUAUUGCAUAAAAUCAAUCACAAACGAAUAAUAAACAUUUACUUAGCUAUUCAUAAAGAACAUGCCCUGCCUCUUUUAAAAUAGUGAGACAUUUGCUUAGAAUUUUAAACAUAAUAUAAUAUGGGGUAAUUGAGGAUAAAAUUAUAAUGAAGGUAAUCUAAAAGUAGCUGAGGUUAUAAAUACCAUCAGCUCCCUGAUAUAAAUGGAUUGCGUAUUCAAUUUUGUCCUUGACAGAAAGAAAAGCAAAGGAAGCUUAUUGUUUUCAUUGCUUGACUGAGGGAGAUGUUGGAAUAGAGUUGCUCUUUUGUUCUAUGCAAGUGAAUAGAAAAUAAUACUUCGUAUGCUCUCUAGGCAUUAUAAAAAGUUGUAGACUGCUCAAUAAGCAACUGUAUGCUUUAAAAUUUAAUUAUCAAUUAAUAAUCUAAAAAAAUCUCGGGUGAGAAUCCUUUAAAAUAUUCAGAUUUAUAACUUUCAGAGAAUAAAAAUACCUCAAAUGCAAUUUGCACUCAACUUUAAUCCUAAUCACUGAUUUAAUAUUAUUACCAUGGACUUUGUAAUAAUAUUACAAGGUUAUAUACCAGGUAUAUGUUUUAUACAAGGUUAUAUACCAGGUUAAACUCUGAGGAACCAAGGUAAAGCUAACUUAUUCAGGGAAAUGUUGUGAUGUAUCUGAUCCCCUUCCUCCAUAGGCAGAAAUCUUUUUGCAGAUUACAAAUUAUCUAUGUUUAACUUCUAAGGAUGAACACCUACAAUCUCUAGCAUUUUAAAAAGGCAUCUACCACUACCCCUUUGUCAUUGAGACAGAUUUUUGUCUUUGUCACUUGUGUGAUCAAUGCUGUUCAUAAUGUUAAUGAGAGAUUAUCUUCCUCCCACAAAUAUUUUCCAGGGUUUACCAAGUACUAUCCAUUACCCGAUUAUGUAUUCCAUCAGUCUUUUGGGAGUGUAAGUGUAGGUAAGGAAUCCACAUGUAAGUGCCCAGACAAAGCAAGGAGGCUCAUGUUCUGAGCAGCAUGAGGGGCAGAGAGGUUCCUGGAGGAGAGGUAUUAGAUAUGCAGAUAGUAGUAAUGGGUCAUGAUUUAGCAGGUCUUGUUGACAUAAAGUUGGUCUGUAACAGCUGGACUGCAAGGUUCUCUCUCAAAUUUGUAAUGUCCUCACAGAUUCACAUCCUUUGCAUUAUUCCUGGGCCCCAGACUUCCUUUCUAACAUGAACUAGCUGUUUUACAAAGUAGGCACCCUCUGAGUGGGUAACCUCAAGUAUGUAUGUCUGCACACACCCAUUUUCACAAUCAGAAAACACAGGGCCUUCUGGUUAUGAUGGAUUAAAGUCAUCCUGUAUCAAUAUCUCUAAUUGAGAGGUUUUGUUUUUUUUUUUCUCAGUCUGCUUUUUUUCUUCUUCUUCUUCAUUUCUCAGCUAUUACUAUC